AUGGGUCACCAGCCGGAGCUGAAUCGCAACUUUUCCACCUUAUCAAUGCUAGGACUGGCAUUCGCUGUGCUCAAUUCCUGGACUGCCCUCUCAGCGAGUCUCUCCCUCAGCUUGACCUCCGGAGGUAGCACCGGAGUUGUCUGGGGUCUAGUUACGGCCGGUGUCUGCAACCUUUGCAUUGCUGCGUCUCUAGCCGAGUUUCUGUCGGCUUAUCCAACUGCUGGUGGACAGUACCACUGGGUUGCAGUCUCCUGGCCUAGAUGGGUUCCCGUCCUCUCAUGGGUAACAGGCUGGGUCAACGUCGCCGGCUGGGUCGCCCUCGUCGCCACAAACGCUCUACUAUCCAGCCAGCUCAUCCUCGGCAUCAUCUCUGCCACUCAUCUGAACUACGAGCCCCAGCGCUGGCACCAGUUCCUCAUCUACAUCGCCUUCACCCUCGCGUCUUUUGUCAUCAACGCCUUUCUCAACUCCUUCCUGCCUCUGCUUUACCGCGGUGCCUUUGUGUGGUCCAUUGGCGGCUUUGUCCUUGUGUCGAUUACGGUCCUGGCGUGCGCUUCGCCGGACUUCAACACGGCCUCUUUUGUGUUUCGAGAGUUUAUCAAUCAGACGGGAUGGCCCGAUGGUAUUGCCUGGCUGCUUGGUCUCCUCCAAGGAGGCCUCGGAGUAACGGCCUUUGACUCUGUCGCCCACAUGAUCGAAGAAAUCCCCAACGCCGCCAUCCAAGGGCCCAAAAUCAUGGUCAUCUGCGUCGGCAUCGGCACCUUCACCGGCGCCAUCUUCCUCAUCGUCCUGCUCUUCGUAGCCGGCAACAUUGACGAUGUCAUCAGCUCCGCCGCGGGUCCCCUGCUGCAGAUCCUGAUCCAUGCCACGAGCAACACUGCUGGCGCCAUCUGCCUCCUCAUGCUCCCGCUUGUGUGUCUCAUCUUUGCCACGUUUAGCGUCAUGACGACGAGUAGCCGCAUGAUCUUUGCCUUUGCCCGCGACGGCGGUCUCCCCGCCUCCAGAGUCUUUGCCCGCGUCCAUCCCAAGCUCGGUCUCCCCCUGAAUGCCCUCAUCCUCACCACCGUCGUCGUCAUCAUCUUUGGGCUCAUCUUCCUCGGCUCCUCAAGCGCCUUCAACGCCAUCAUCUCCGCCUCCGUCGUCACCCUCGACCUCUCCUACGGCCUCCCCAUCGCGGUCAACUGCCUCCAGGGCCGCCGCAAGCUGCCCGAGCGGAAAUGGGUCCUGCCCAGCUGGUUUGGCUGGACCGCGGACAUUAUCGCGCUGUCGUACAUUGGCCUUACCACGGUCCUCUUUGUGUUUCCGCCUGUCUUGCCUGUUACCGGCAGCAACAUGAACUACUGCAUUGUCGCAUUUGCCAUCAUCAUCGCCGUCUCCCUCUUUCAAUGGGUCAUUGACGGCCGCAAGAACUUCACCGGCCCUCGCGUCAACCUCGUCAGCGGACAGAUCAUGGGGGAGAACGUCACGGAGGUGACCAGUGUGGAAGAAGUCUCCGCUGGGAGCAAGGAGGCGUGA